AUCGAUCUAUGCCUAGGAUUAUUAGCAAUGAUUGACCAAUCAAAAAGAAAUCUAUAAUAUACGUUAUAAGAAUUAUAGAUUUUCAAUACUGGUAGUGAAUCCUGGAACAAGACCCAUAUAUUCUCGCAUCUAUGCAUACAUACGCAAUUACAUGAAUAGAAUAGGAGACGCACAUGCGUCGGAAAAUCUCACGCUACGAGCAUGCAAGGCAGUGACAUAACCUAUACGUGACGCGCGAAAAUACUUAUGAUAUCAAUAUAUCUGAUUAAGUGAAAAAUGAAGCGACUCAAAGCAGUUAUCGAAGAUGUGAUUGUGCAACCUAAUAAAAUUCAACCUAUUAUUGUGAACUUUCAGAAUGGUAAGCUUAAGGAUGAAGAGGACAAGGAGAUAUCAUGUGGUUUAUUUCGUGAUCAAAAGGAAGAUAAAACUGUUCUGGCCUUAUCAAAUGGACAGAUUGUAUAUAAAGGAUAUAGACCAGAUUUUGAAAAAGAAUCGACACGGACGAUGCUGGUACUCCAUAAUAAAAGAACAGGCAAAGUACGAUUAUUUGAAACUGAACGAUGGCAGGUAACUCCGGUACUUGAGAAACCUGUUAUCGAAGACAACAAGAACAAUAUUGAUGAAAAGAUUGUUGUAUUGAAUAAACAAUUUGGAUCAAAAAAAGUCAAACGUAGAACUGAGCAAUUUGAAAGAAUGAAAGUGGAUGUUAAUUCUGUCAAGGGACAACUUGAGAAAACAGUGUCAAAUGUUGAAAUCGAUAGGCUAGAUUUAUCAAUUCAAUUACAAACUGAUGAUUCUAUCAUAAAUACAAUUCUACCACCAUGUAACAGGGAAGCAACUAAUGUUAAAGAUGUAUAUAAUGUAUAUGACAUUAUUCCAAGGAGUAAACUAGAAAUGUUAUAUGAACAUGCAAUGGAAGUUCUUAAUGGAAAUCUAGAAGGGAAGAGUAAAUUUUUUACACACAGUUUAAAAUUUAUUCAAUCGGAUCCAGACAAUGUAAACAAAGUUGCUCUCUUACUCUACAUUGAUAUGAUUAAUACAUGGUGCGACAUGUUAUUGAAGGAUAUGAAGAAACGCGAUGUUGUCGUAUGUCCAGUUUCUGAAGAAGUAAAUCAGCACAUCAUUGACACAUAUAGCGUGCCCAGUGCGAACGGACGAACAAGACCAAAUAUUAUGAAAGAUAAAGGUCUUGUGCACUGCUUGAUCCUUGCACUGAUAAUUUCAAACUUUGAACUGGAUCUUGAACAGUUUCGAGUUAUACUUAAAAGGAAAACUGGUAUGAAAAAACUGAUGAAUUUUGUGAAAAUCAUUGGAGCAGUGUCUUCUAAGAAGGAUAAGAAUACUAUUAUGCUUAAAGUUCCAUUGCCUUCUCCAGUAUCUCUUGUUAAAAGAGGAAAGAAAUCAGGAAAAUCCAAUCAAUGAUUAUGCAAAAGAUUUUUUUCAAUAUAGUUGACAAUAUAAUUUUAUUUUUUUAAUGUCUCAAAUAUGUAUGUGAAAGAUAUUUUGUACAGUCAUAAACUCGUGUUGAUGAAAUACUAUGUAAAUACACGAAAUAUACAUAUUUCAAUAUUAUUACUCUGACAUGAAUUUAAUAAAAGAAUAUACAAAUUG